AGAUAGCUCUGAUCGGUUGCGAGUUGAAAUAACGAAAAUUUAGACAUAAUUUAACUUUAGAGUUUUUUUACAGCUUUUUGUGAUUUCUAAAGUAUUUUAUUCCACAAAAAUAACAGCCGAUAACUUCCAGAUAUUUAGUUGAAUAAUGGCGCCAACCAGGUUGGCAUCAAAGCCGAUCGGCGUCAAUGAGAACCUUAAUGGCAUUCUUAGCCAUGGUAUUACAACGAGGAGUAAGCAAUUGGCUUCUCUGAAAUCAUACAAAGACAGCCUGAAGGCGCCAAACAAGAGAAAAGCUGACAGUCCCGCCAAGGAUAUGACUGCAAAAAGAGCGGCGUUCGGAGAUAUCACAAAUGCCUUCAAUAAAUCGUCUGCAAAUAAUGAUAAAGACAAAGGCAUGGUUCUCAAAAAGGUCACAGUUGAAUCAAAAAUGCUACCAAUAGUUAAGAAUAUUAAAAAUCAGACAGCCACAUUAAAUGGGAAAACUUCAAAAACAAAGCAGUUACAAAAAGCAGCAAAUAAUGCUUUAGAAUCGGUUCAGAAGCAUUUUGCUAAGGAUCCUCCCAAGCCAGUCGCAACCAGAGCUCAGAAUGGCAUACUCAAGAAUGUUGAAAGGAAAUCCUUUGGCAAGGAAAACCAGAACAGCAGCCGGGGUUCAGCUAAAUCAACCAGAAGUGACAUGUCUGGUGAUCCGUCAUUAUAUAUGACCGCUCUUGAAAACAUUAGUCCAAAUGACGCUACAAAAGAAGAAUGCAAAGUCAUCAGUGAAAAAUUAGAUAAAGUUAACUUGGACGACUCGAUCAACCGUUCAUUGGACGAGGAGACUGACAUUCCUCACAGGGCGCCGGAGGGAGUCGUCGACUUUGACAAAGAAAACUGGACGGACCCAUUCCAAGUGUCCAAUUAUGCUAUGGAUAUAUUCAACUACUUGAAGAGUAGAGAACGUCUUUUCAUAAUUGAUGACUACCUUCAACGAAUGAAAGGCAUAACGUCGUGGAUGCGUGCGCUGCUGGUCGACUGGAUGGUCGAAGUUCAAGAGAGCUUCGAACUCAACCACGAGACGCUUUACCUGGCGGUCAAGCUCGUAGACCUGUAUCUCACCAAGUCCAGCAGGAUCCAACCGGAGAAGGAGCAGCUCACUAAGGAAGAACUACAAUUGCUCGGAGCAUCGGCACUCUUCAUUGCUUCUAAAUUCGAUGAGCGCAUCCCGCCGUUGGUGGACGACUUCCUGUACAUCUGCGACGGCGCGUACUCCCUCAACCAACUCCUGAAGAUGGAGAUGAACAUUCUUCGCGUCAUCGACUUCGACCUCGGCGUGCCUCUAUCGUACCGCUUCCUCCGGAGAUACGCCAGGUGUGCCCGUGUGUCGAUGCCGACGUUGACACUGGCUCGCUUCGUGCUGGAGCAGUGUCUUCUGGAGUACCCCCUGGCUGGGGAGAGGGACUCCAAGAUGGCGGCCGCCGCGCUUUACAUAGCGCUGAGGAUGAAGUCACUGGGCGGGUGGACCCCCACACUGCAGUAUUAUACAGGAUAUACUCUGAAAGAUAUCCUGCCAGUAGCAAUUUUACAAAACGCAGCCCUCCACAAGAAACCCAAGUCUGCGAUCAGCACCGUCCGUAACAAGUAUUCUCAUACUAUUUUCUUUGAAGUCGCCAAAGUUAGUCUCGUAGACGACAGCGUACUGAACAGCUGAGCCUCGCCACGUGGCACUUUAUAGAACAACAACAGGUGGGUCGACAAAAAUCAUGUUAUAUUGUAUGUGUAUAUUGUAAGGCUGGAGUUACUGCAUACAUCUGCAUGGCUUUGGACGGUGUCGCUCUCGACGGUAUGCGUAACUUCAGCUUCUGACAUUGUAAUACGUGUGUCGGGGCGCCUUCGGAUAUUAUUUAAGUUACUAUGCACUGCCAGCGAGCCCCCGGCGUGCGACGUUUCAUAUUAGACCGUGUAAUGUAAGGUGCCACAUUGACUUAGGAAAUUCAUGUUGAAAGAAAAUUUACGAACAUGUAGAACAAUUUGGUGUUUAUUAAAUGACUAACUCCUUAAUAUAGUACAUUCAAUGUUACUAUCGAUGCAUUUACUUAUUUAAGAAGGUACUUGUAACAGAUUUUAAGUUAUUAGAAAUAAAAUCACCACGUACUUAUAUGUACUUUGACAUUAUUGAGUACUUCAUCGAAAUGUUUACUCGAUGUUAAUUUCGUUUCUUAGACUAUCUAGUUACAGUUCCCAGUUGAGACUGAGCUAGCGACGCUAAUCUAUGUAUAUUAUCGCCUCUGAAGUAGACUUUAGUCACGAGACUAAACCGGUGAGACCUAGUCUCAUCUGCGUUCAUCUCCAGUGUAUCGUUCGAACUGAAAACCAAAACCUCACCAAAAGCUCACUACAAAUGAUUCUGUUAAGUAUUAAUCAUUCCAAUAUUAAACGUAUUGUUGUUUGAAUGUCUUCCUAUAGCCAAUUAUAGGUAAGUAAUGAUUUGCAUUUACGAGUCCAGCUAGGUUAAUAAUGUAAUGUUUACAUAAGUCUUAGUCGAGAGUCAUUUGAGAAUAGGAACAAAGAAAUUUUGCAAUGUGGUAUGUAA